CUUUUUCACAAUGGCUCACAUCAAUGACUUACCGGCGGAGAUCAUCCUUCUAAUCUUUGAAGAAUUUGAUACAUCGCGAUUACUCCAACUCGAAAAAGUUUGCCAAAAGUGGGAAAAUGUGUUGCGCAGUAAAACUUCACCUUGGCAAACAGGAAUCGAACUCGAUUGUCGAACAAAAAGUUCCGAAGAGAAACAAAAAUUACAAGCGAUUCUAGCAAGGAGUAGGGGAGAGAUACAUGCGUGGAAAAUCACAAUAUCUGAUUCAACAGUAGGGUUCUACCGAGAUACUUUUGAUCGAAUUCCGACUUCAAAAGUUCAAUCAUUACACAUUAAGCUCUUAUACGAUAGGGAUCUUAUAGAGCUCGCAGAUUACAACGGUAUAGAGCUCACAGAUAACUUCCGCAUCGACUAUGUUGACCCAACUUGCUACAGACUCGACAGACUCCAAGAAAAGAUAGAAGCAAUCCAAUUGCAAAGGGAAAGAGAUUACGAUAUAUUGGUGCAUGCUGUUAAACAAUGUUCAGAUUUAACGUCACUGAAUUUUUGCAUAGACAAUAUGAUUUCAUUAUUGCUUGGAUCGGAUCUCAAAUCUCAUCCGCUGGCGCGAUGUAAGUUGAAAUCUCUCUCGCUAGAAGGUAUCGACCUCGACUCACUUUGCAACGAUGGUAGCAUCUUCAACAUGGUCUCACAAGCACAACAUAUUGAUAUCCUUGGUUAUGACAUCCUUGGCUCAGAUAUGAACGUGGUACGCAUAGUCAACGCAGCGAAAGACACGCUCGAAACCUGCUCAUUGGAAUUACCAGGAAUACUAGAUCCGGAUGAUAGCUCCCGCUCGAUCAAUCUCCCACGGUUGCAAAAAUUACGAAUAUCUAGCCAUGAUCCAUUGAACGGUUCCAUGCAAUAUUCUAGCACAUGCCCAAAUUUACGCUAUCUUCGAUUGAGUGGAUGCUUACCCUCUGCUCUAUGUGCAGAUCUACUCACCGAUAGCGUGAGUGUACUCCACUUGGAACUCCACUUAGAACUCAUUAAAGAGCUUUGUCAAUCGUUGCGGAAUAAUUUACGGAGAUGUUCAAACCUUUCAACUAUUCGAUUGACGGAGGUGAAAAUAGGUCUGAAGGAUGUUUUGGACGAGUUGACCACAUUACCAAUUGAAGAAUUUGUCGUUGAUGGAACAUGCGAUUCGUGCGAGGUAUUCCCUCAAUUUUUCCGAGAAAGGUCCAAGAAACUGGGAACAAAACGGAUGAAGCUGCUGUUGUUUUAUCACUACGAUGAACCAAAUUUGAAAGUACUUGAGCAACUUUCACAGUAUUGCGAAGUCGUUCAAGCAUUCAACAAAAAUCGAGAAGAUUCAACGUAUUCCGAAGAAGAUGCUCAACUUUUGCGGUAUGGCAGAAAACUUGGAUUGUAGGAUGUUACUCAAAUGUCUCGUACGGCUCUUUCUUUUUAGUUCAUAUGUAUAUUCCAUUGGUAGAGUAAAUUCAUGUAAAUUUGAUGACAGAAAGAUCAAUACUAUUAAAAAACCCACCUCUCUUGAU